AUGGGGAGAGAAGUGGGGCUGCUGUUCAAAAAGCUGGGGUGCACCGUGAACGGACUCUCGCGAACGGAGAAACCCGCCGAUGACGCAUUUGACAACAUGUUCACGUCCGACCGUCUCUCGGAGUUCCUGCGCUCUGCCGACUACCUGUGCAGCGUCUUGCCGAGCACCCCGUCCACCCGGCACCUACUGACCGCCGCCCGGCUGGCCGACCUGCCCCGCCGACCGGUGCUCGUUAACGCCGGCCGCGGAGACCUCAUCACUGAGCGGGAGCUGGUGACGGCCCUGCGCGCGGGCUCGCUCUCCGGCGCCGUGCUGGAUGUGUUCGAGACAGAGCCGCUGCCCGCGGACAGCGAGCUCUGGGACAUGGAACAGGUAACCAUUUCGCCGCACGUGGCCAACCUCAGUCGUCCGGAGCUGGUAUGUGCCGCCUUCCUGGAGAACCUGGAGCGGUUCACUGGCGGCCGGCCGCUGCUGCAUAGGGUCGAGUGGGACCGCGGCUACUGA